AUGAAUACAUUCACAGUAUCAUUUGCAGUUAUUCUAAGCAUGAAUCUUUUAUUAGUAAUUCCACAAUUAUAUGGUUUAAAUAUAAAUGGUAAUGGUGAACAAAUACGUUUACGUCGGGAUGCUCAUGCUGCUGCUUUAGAUGAUAAUCAACGUUUCUUAUUAGAUCCAUCAUUUAUGGCUCGUUUAGAAAAACGUGGCCGAUUUGUAUUUCGCGAUGCUCAACAUCAAGGAAUUAGUCAAGAUGAUGGUGAUGAUACAUGGGAUUAUAACAAUGGUUUAGAAAAAAGAAAUUGGCGAUUGUAG